CGUGCGUGUGUCCGUGUGUGCGGGGCCCACGGGGUGUGUCCGUGUGUCCGUGCGUGCGGGGCCAUGCCGGCGCGGGGCCGGUGCGGGUGCGCGGAGCCGCGGCGGCUGCUGCCCGUCCUGCGCUGGCUGCCGCGCUACUCGCUGCGCUGUUUGCGGCUCGACCUGCUCGCCGGCCUCAGCGUGGGGCUCACCGUGGUGCCGCAGGCGCUGGCGUACGCCGAGCUGGCCGGGUUACCUCUGCAGUACGGCCUCUAUUCUUCCUUCAUGGGCUGCUUUGUCUACUGCUUCCUGGGCACCGCCAAGGACGUGACGUUGGGCCCCACAGCCAUCAUGUCCCUGCUUGUCUCUUCCUACGCCUUCCACGAGCCUGUCUAUGCCAUCCUGCUCGCCUUCCUCUCCGGCUGCAUCCAGCUGGCCAUGGGGCUGCUGCACCUUGGUUUCCUCCUGGACUUCAUCUCCUACCCAGUCAUUAAAGGAUUUACGUCAGCUGCUUCCAUCACCAUUAGCUUCAACCAGGUCAAGAACAUCCUGGGGCUGCAGGGGAUCCCUCGGCAGUUCUACCUGCAGGUGUAUGAGACGCUGCGGAGGAUCGGGGAGACCAGGGCUGGGGAUGCCAUCCUGGGGCUGGCCUGCCUGGCCGCGCUGCUGGGGCUCCGGGCCAUGAAGAGCCGCCUGCGCCCAGCUGCCCGUGCCGAGCCGCUGGCUGCCAGGAUCAGCUACCUGAUCGUCUGGACCUCUGCCACGGCACGCAAUGCCCUCGUGGUCCUGUUUGCCGGCCUGGUGGCUUACUCCUUCCAGGCGAUGGGCUGGCAGGCGCUGACGCUGACGGGCAGCAUCCCCCGGGGCCUCCCUGCGCUGCGGCUGCCGCGCUUCUCCAGCACAGCCGCCAACCGCACCGUCCCCUUCCUGGCCAUGGUGCAGGACAUGGGGGUCGGGCUGGCUGUGGUCCCGCUCAUGGGCCUGCUGGAGACUGUCGCCAUUGCCAAGGCUUUUGCUGCACAGAACAAUUACAGGAUUGACCCCAACCAGGAGCUGCUGGCUAUGGGCUUUGCCAACAUCCUGGGCUCCUUUGUCUCGUCGUAUCCCAUCACGGGCAGCUUUGGCCGGACAGCGGUGAACGCGCAGUCGGGCGUCUGCACCCCGGCGGGAGGGCUCGUCACAGGUGCCCUGGUGCUGCUCUCGCUGGCGUAUCUCACCUCCCUCUUCUACUACAUCCCCAAGGCGGCGCUGGCCGCCGUCAUCAUCGCGGCCGUGGGGCCCAUGUUCGACGCCGGCAUCUUCAGCAGGCUCUGGCGGGUUAAGAGGCUGGACCUGGUGCCGCUGUGUGUGACGUUCCUGCUCUGCUUCUGGGAGGUGCAGUAUGGCAUCGUGGCCGGGGUGGUGGUCUCGGGGGUUCUCCUCCUCUACUCCAUUGCCAGGCCCCCAGUAAAGGUGUGGGAAGGGGACGUGCUGCUCGUGCAGCCGGGGAGCAGCCUGCACUUCCCUGCCAUCGAGAGCCUCCGGGACAUGAUCUGCAGCCACGCUCUGGCAGCAGCAUCUGCACCACGCUGCAUCAUCCUGGACUGUCGCCACGUCAGCAGCAUCGAUUACACGGUGGUGGUGGGGCUGGCGGAGCUGCUGCGGGAGCUGCGCACACACGGCAUCUCCCUGGCCUUCUGCAGCCUCCAGGACCCUGUUCUCCAAGUCCUGCUGUCUGCAGACUUAGAAGGGUUCCAGCAUUUCCCCAGCCGGGAGGAGGCAGAGUGGUGUGGAGGAGCAGAGCCGGGGAGCAGCGAGGCAGCCACCUUCAGCAGCAGCAGCCAGAGCUCGCUGCUGCCCUCGGGGCUCCUCCAGUGAGCCCAGGAGCCGCCUGGGAGCCCUGAGAGCAGCUUGGCCUCGCCAGCUCCUCACCUCCAGCGCUGUGUGCCACAUUGUGCCACAUUGUGCCAUGUUGUGUGCCGCGCAGAGCAGGGGCUGCAACCCCCGUGACAUCCGACCAACCCCCUCCCCAGGAGCUGCUGGCCCCUGCCCUGCUGCUCAGGCAGCUGGGGGUUGUCUGUCAGGGUCUGUCCCCAUAGCCCCUGGCAGAGCAGCACCAGCACAGCCCCGCGCUGGGAGCAGGGGUCUGGCUGGUCCCACACGGGCUCCCCAGCCCCACUGGAGCUCUGGCACCUCACCACCUCUGCAGGCUGAGGAGAGGUGAGCUGUGAAAAGGAUUAGUGGGGUAAGAUGGUCAUUGGGAAGGAGCCAUCCCUCCUCUGUGCCUUCCCCAUCCUCAGAGCUGGGCUUUUUAAAUCACCUGUUUUAAUUCUGGAGACUUUUCUUAUCCUGGGACAUUCCAAACCUCUUGGCAAUGGGUGUUGGAAGGAUGCUGGCACUGCCCUGUGAGCCCAAGGGUGUGCUGCAGAUCUCAACCUCAGGCUGCUGGGAGAUGAAAAUCAUCAGUGAUCUUGCUCCUUGCUGAUCCCUCAAACGCUGGGUGCAGCCCCCCCACCUCUCUCCUGCCUGGCAUCCGAGGAGAUGGGCACCCUGACACCAGCUGGUGCUCGCCUUGCUGGGAAAUGGGUGCAAAAAGCAAUGGUGCUAUCAGGUUGGUGGGGACAGGUUUCAGGAGGGAGCAGCUUCUGUAAUCUACCCUUGUCUGACACCCUUUUAUGGAGGGUAUAAUAAAGCA